AUGUCAAGAAGCCCACCACGACAAGAGAAAGGGAUUACUGAACGAGAUGAUUUUGAUACGGCAGCAACACCAGUCAUAUCAAACGAGUCUAUAAAAUCGACAAUCAAUGGGCUUCAUCUACUUGAUGAUCCAGCAAAUUUCCCAUCCGGAUUUCAUAUAAAGGCGGUGAUGACAGUAAUUGGCUCAUUCUUGGGUCUAACUGGGGCCCUUGGAUUUGUCAAUGCGGCGGGGGUGAUUCAAUCGUAUGUGACAGAGAAUACCCUCAAAGAUGAAGCACAAACUGCCAUUAGCUGGAUAUUUUCCCUAUACAGUUUCUUUGCAUUUGGGGCGUUACUAGUAUCGGGACCAGUGUUUGACAAAUAUGGGUGCAAGAUCCCCAUUAUGGGUGGCGGAAUUGCCAUGUUUUUGGGACUACUUGCCACCAGUUUUUGCCAUCAUGUUUGGCAUUUCAUUUUGGCCUAUGGGUUUCUUGCAGGGAUAGGUGCUGCGUUCACAUUCGGUCCAUUUAUUGGUGUCAUCAGCCACUGGUAUUGCACAAAGAGAGCAAUCGCAUUGGGGAUUUCAUAUAGCGGAGGGGGUGUGGGAGGGGUGAUUUUCCCCUUAAUUUUUAGAUCGCUUUUCCCUAAAAUUGGGUUUGGAUGGUCAAUUCGUGUAGGGGCAUUUUUAUCAUUGUUUCUUUUAGUUGUUGGCUGGGUAAUGGUUACCGAUAGAAAAGAAGAGUUUAGUGAAGUUGGUGAUGGAGGUGUAUUUAAAGAGGUGUUCAACUCCAUCGACUUCAAGAUCGUUUACAAAAACCCAUUAUUUGGAAUAAUCGUUGCUUGCUUACUUUUCAAUGGAUUGGCCUUUUUAAUCUCAAUUGUCGAACUCCCGCUUUAUGCGAGCAAUCGAGGAUACCAAGAUAGUGACACUUAUUUAUUGGUGGUUGUUUUCAAUUCGUUUAGUAUCCCAGGACGUAUUAUCCCUAGUGUUGUUGCUGACAAGUGGCUCGGUCGUUUUAAUGUCUUUUGUUUAAUCAAUUGCUUCUCGUUGGUUGUGUUUUGCAUAAUUUGGGUUCCUUUUGGACAUUACUUAACUGCGUUGUAUGUAUUUGCUGGUUGUUUUGGCUUUUCCAGUGGUUCGGUGCUUAGCCUCUCGGCAAGUUUGGUGGCUUCUAUAGUCAAGACUGCUGAUGUUGGUAAAGGUUUGGGCACUGCAUAUUUCGUAUUGUCAUUUGGUGACCUAGUUGGGUUGCCUAUUGGUAGUGCAAUUGCCACUGGCUCUCAUGCCAGUUUUGAUCAUUUGGUUUAUUUUUUAACUUGCUGUGCAUUUGUUGGUGCUUGUGUGAGCUUUAUUGCAAGAUACAUGUAUGGAGGAUUUAAUUUAAAAAGAGUGUGA